AUGUCAAAUUCCGCAGAGCGUCCAGCCACCGGCGACACAAAUCCAAGCCAUGUGUUGGGCAUUCCUCGGGCCCCUUCCGUGGGGGGAAUUUCAUCCCGAAUGACAGAUGAAGAUGGAGAGCGAACACCGUCUUAUACGUCACCUCCCGCUACCCUCCAGUCACGCCCGUCCGUUUCUAGGCGUGCACCGCCUCCCACACGCAAUUCUAUCACUGGGGCCAGCCAAGUGACCAGCAGACCUGGUAGCUCGGCGAGUCGACUGAGUAGAACGCAUAUCCCGUCCCUGACAGCACAAGCGUUCUUCCGACCUAUGAGCUCGCAACGAUUGCAGGCACACCGAGGAACACGCCCUAUGACCAAAGGAACAGUGUCAUCAACCGACGACUGGCCGGAAAAUGCAGGGGGGAGCCAGAACCGGAGGAGCUUGAUCUCCAAUAGCACACUUCCGCAAGGAUCUGUACCUCCAGCUGACAUGGAAGCACCACCGUCUCGAGGAACAGAGUUCACAGACCCCAUACUCCCAGACCGCAAUACUUCCAAUGCCAGCCCCACUGGUAACACAACAGUCCGGAGCCUAGGUGAAAGUGUGAGACUUCUGCGUGACCGAGAUCAAAAGCAUAAGCCUCAGCACCUCAACCUUGGUGCCAACUACACCGGGCAUUCCGGGCAGGAUGCACCGCCGAAAUCACCCCUCUCAUUCCUGCAGAUGCAAAACAGGACGCCAGGAUACAAUAACGAAUCUCGGGCACAUCAAGGCCAUGAGCAUCUUUCUUCUGCCGGGUCCUCUCCAGGUCCACUCGAUGUGAAGAGACCCCAUCUACCCAAGGCAAACCCGGGAAAGAACUAUGAGUAUUUCCAAGGAAAUACAAUCUUCUGCGGCGGUGGCCGCUUCCAGAACUCAAGGGACAAGCCUGUCAAUAUUGCGACUGGUCUGAUGGUCGUUGUACCUGCGGCGUUGUUCUUCGGAUUCUCGGCUCCCUGGCUGUGGCAUAACAUCUCCCCUGCCAUUCCCAUCGUGUUUGCUUACCUUUUCUACGUGUGUUUCUCGUCAUUUGUACAUGCGUCCGUCGUCGAUCCUGGAGUCAUGCCUCGGAAUAUCCAGCCUAUGCCUCAACCAGAUCCAACACACGACCCAUUGGCGCUUGGCCCGCCCACAAACGAUUGGGUGAUGGUCAAGCUUGCUACGUCUGAUGUAGCUGCUAUGGAUGUUCCUGUGAAGUACUGCAAAACAUGUAACAUUUGGCGGCCUCCUCGCUGCUAUCACUGCCGCGUUUGCAACAACUGCGUCGAAACCCUCGACCAUCACUGCGUCUGGCUCAACAAUUGUGUUGGCCGACGAAAUUAUCGCUAUUUCUUUACUUUUGUCAGCUCUUGCACUAUCCUGUCACUGUUCUUGAUCGGUGCUAGUCUCGCCCAUAUCUUGGUCUUCAUGUCUCGAGAGGGCAUAUCAUUCGGGGCUGCGAUCUCGAGAUGGAGAGUGCCCUUUGCCAUGGUAAUCUAUGGUCUGGUGGCAGUGCCUUACCCUACUUCCCUUUGGGCAUACCAUAUUUUCCUAGUCGGCCGUGGCGAGACCACACGAGAAUAUCUGAACUCGCACAAGUUCGCCAAGGCUGAUCGACACCGGCCAUUCACUCAAGGAAAUAUCCUUAAGAAUUGGAUUGCUGUUCUGGGACGUCCGCGACCUCCUACCUACGUGCAGUUCAAGAAGCGAUACGAAGAAGGUGAUCAACGCUUGGGCUCACAAAAGCGCAAGUACCGUGUGCCAGAUGUCGAAUCCCAAGACAUCGAAAUGCAACAUGUUGAUCCCCAACAGGACUAA